GAUGAAACUGCAAAAUUGGUAUUGGGCCUUUGCUAGUUGUAUGUUGGAUAUUCUAUCAAAUGUUUUUGAGGACAAUGUGUUAUUUCAUUGUUCCUUGUGCAGGCACCAGAAGAUCAUGCUACAGCAUGAGAGGCAUUGAAGAAUGCAGCAUGUGUCUUAGUUCCUGGUGGAUUUGGAGAUCGUGGUGUGAAAGGAAUGAUGCUAGCUGCAAAGUAUGCUAGAGAAAAUAAAGUUCCAUAUCUUGGGAUUUGCUUGGGCAUGCAGAUUUCUGUUAUUGAGUAUGCUAGAUCUGUUUUGGGUUGGGAAAAGGCAAACAGUACAGAAUUUGACAACGAGACACCCAAUCCUGUUGUAAUUUUCAUGCCAGAGGGUUCAAGAACACAUAUGGGAAGCACAAUGAGACUGGGGUGUUGCAAAAUGCUGUUUCAGACUCCUGAUUGUAUCACUGCAAAACUGUACCAUAAUUCAGAGUAUGUGGAUGAACGACAUCGGCAUAGAUACGAGGUGAAUCCAGAUAUGAUUGACAUGUUAGAAAAAGCUGGCUUAAAAUUUGUGGGGAAGGAUGAUAGUGGAAAGCGAAUGGAUGUUAGAUUGCUCAUCAGACUUUAAAGGUUGGAUGAGCUUGACAAACUGAUAAUAAUGAAUCGGUUAAAAUCUCAAUUUCAUUUUUUCUUCUUGAAUUGGUUAAAAUUUCAAUUUCAUCCUGAAAAACUGUCCAAUUGGUAGUUCAUAUUAGGGUUAUAUUUUUCUUCCAAUCAUUGUUGAAUUUUGAAUUAUUGUUAAUAUUUUCCUUUACUUUCUCCAGAUCUUAGAACUUCCCGAUCAUCCAUUCUACGU